AUGUGCUGUGCUAAAGGUGCUCACAUUGAUACAAGUAUUUUCUUACGUGACAUCGAGCUAAUCGGCGAAGCUGGCCGAGAAAAACAGAACUCCUGUUUAAUUAUUCUUGUUGCCAUUCUUAGCUGUACAUGGCCUUGCCUAUGGUGUGCUAUGUGCUGUGGUGAUCAACCUAGAGUGCUUCACGUCAAAGGUGGAUUCGGUGACGAAGGAUUGAUCUUCAAUAGAACUGAAAUAAUUACUGCUGCAAACGAUUUAUCAGCAAUGAUUCUACCGUUCAAAAAUUUACAAUAA